GCAGGAGCAGUUUAAAGACUUCUUCGAUACGCUCGGCCCAAGAUUCAUAGCAGGUGGUGACUACAACGCCAAGCACCAACAGUGGGGAUCCAGACUUGCAACGCCUCGGGGUAGGCAGCUACUAAAGGCUAUGAACAGCGGCAGACUGGAUCACAUCUCGACGGGAGAGGCAACGUGCUGGCCGUCGGACGUGAGAAAGACCCCGGACGUACUCGACAUCUGCGUGACUAAGGGCAUCUCGAGGAACUAUUUGCAGGCCCAAUCGUGUCUGGACCUCUCCUGGGAUCACUCACCGGUUAUCAUAACGCUGAAUUCUGAGGUAUUCAGCAGGGAAGUGCCGCCAUUCCUCCACAACAACCGUACCGACUGGGAACAUUUCAGACUGCUGAUNNNUUAA